GCGAGUCCCAGUCGGGUUAAGAGGUUGGCGGCGGCGGCGGCGGGAGACAUGGACAACGCGGGGAAGGAGCGUGAGGCGGUGCAGCUGAUGGCGGAGGCUGAGAAGCGAGUCAAGGCUUCCCACUCCUUCCUCCGCGGGCUGUUUGGAGGAAACACAAAAAUAGAAGAGGCUUGUGAAAUGUAUACCAGAGCUGCAAAUAUGUUCAAGAUGGCUAAAAAUUGGAGUGCUGCAGGAAAUGCAUUUUGUCAGGCAGCCAAGCUCCAUAUGCAGCUUCAGAGCAAGCAUGACUCUGCCACCAGCUUCGUGGAUGCUGGCAAUGCUUACAAGAAGGCAGACCCUCAAGAGGCUAUCAACUGCUUAAACGCAGCCAUCGACAUUUACACAGACAUGGGAAGGUUUACAAUCGCAGCCAAGCACCACAUCACCAUCGCGGAGAUCUAUGAGACUGAACUGGUAGACAUCGAGAAGGCCAUCGCACAUUAUGAACAAUCAGCUGAUUAUUACAAAGGGGAAGAAUCCAACAGUUCGGCUAACAAGUGUCUGCUCAAAGUGGCAGCGUAUGCUGCCCAGCUGGAGCAGUACCAGAAAGCCAUCGAGAUCUACGAGCAGGUUGGGGCAAACACCAUGGAUAAUCCUUUGUUGAAGUACAGUGCAAAGGACUACUUUUUUAAAGCAGCCCUCUGUCACUUCAUAGUAGAUGAGCUGAAUGCCAAGCUUGCUCUUGAGAAAUAUGAGGAAAUGUUUCCAGCAUUUACUGAUUCAAGAGAAUGUAAGUUAUUGAAAAAACUUCUAGAAGCUCACGAAGAACAGAACAGUGAAGCUUAUACUGAAGCAGUGAAGGAAUUUGACUCAAUAUCUCGCUUGGAUCAAUGGCUCACAACCAUGUUGCUUCGUAUCAAAAAGUCCAUCCAAGGGGAUGGAGAAGGAGAUGGGGACCUAAAGUGAACAUUUGUGUCUUUGUGGCAUGCAGCUGACUCCUCUUUAGUUCAUGUUAGGGCCACAUGGUCUUUAUGGGAUGCCCAUUUAAUGGCUUAAUUCUCUUGCACAUGAGCCAAACCAUCUGUGUGUUUAAGCUCCCUGUGUUUGUGUCUUUGUGAAAACGGAUGGCUGGGAAGCUCCUGUGCACAAUGUGGGUGUGAUGGGCUAUUUCAUGCUUGUCAGAGUCCCCAGAGUUUUCAGAGAAUUACUUCAGACUCUUAUUCUUGUUAUUUUCAUAUUUGCAGAGCCUGUGUUUAACUUGGUCACAUAUUUUUGUCAUUUUCUGGGACUGGAGUACCCUCCUAAUAAUUGUUGUAAUAGAUGCUUUGCAUAUUUUCCAUUUAUGGAAAAUAGAUUUUGCACCUGGAUGUUUUCUCUAAGUGUAUGUGUUUAGUUCAGGGUGAUUGUUAGGAAUGAGUUUUAUGAUUUCACUUACCAGAACUGGUUUAUUUUGUUGUUAUCGUGAUUCUUUUGAUGGUGCUAGUGACCUAUUUGUUUGCUUUUUAUAUUGUUGUGUAUGCGGAUGUGCAUGCGAAAGUUCAGAACAGCUGGGGUCUGCCAGCAUCACUUGCUUAAUGUUGUGAGAACAGGGAGCUUCCUGGCAGGGCUUGCUGAUGUGUGUGGGCAGAUGUUAGGAUGAGUCUGAUGGAUGUGUACUCCUUAACACACAUGAAAUCCAUAUGAAACAGAAUUUCUCCUUUUCCUGGAGAGUUUCCACUUCUAGUUGGGGUGGAACCCUUUCUUUUUAUUCACAUAAAAGUGAUGUGACUGCAUGUCCCUUUUGUUUACUUUCAUGUUCAUGCACUUACCCACAUUGAGACGGUGCCUGCUGUGCCACUGCCGUGUGAGUCCUCCUCCUGGCCACAGACAGAAUGGGUCAUUGAUUUUACCCAUAUACUAAAAGGGGUAAAUAUGGGACAGAGGUUUACCAUGUGUCCAGUUGGAGAAGAAAGGCAACUAUCUUCUGAGGAAGUUUGACUUUGCUCUCGGCUAAUGGCUUUGUUUUGGCUUGUAUGUUUGAAUUCAGUUGUGUCAUUUUGAUUUACAUAACAUACUCUGUUGAUUUACGAACUUACAUGCUGACACUGCUCUAGACAUGGUCAUGCAUUUGUUGCCAGACCUAGCUUGUGGGUCUAAGUUAUGCUGCUGUCAUUAAAGACAGAUAAUGAAUUUUUCCAUGUUAGGUCAGAUGGAAACUGGCAUUUGAAGGGUGUGUUUUCAUUUUUUGAUGUUCCUCCGUUGGGAUUGGUAGGCUUUUGUUGGUCAGAAGUAGAGAGUGUGGCCAGGAAAAGGGCUGAGUGUGGAGGAUAGUGAGUGUGGGGAUAGUGAGCAGAUUGGGCUGAGACGAUGGAGAAAGUAAUAAAGUGGCUGGAAAGGGCCAGCUGACGCCUGGUAGGGGGAUUGUCCCUCCGGUGUGCUGGUGGGGUCAUGUGCCAAUGUAGCCUGCUGGAAAAGGUCAGAAAUAUCAGAGUGGGCCAAAAUACCACUCUGGCCUUGGGUGCUGGGAUCUGGUGAGUGUCCUGCCAUUCCUUCAAAGGUCUGGGAGUUAGGAGAAAGCUGGCUGUCACGGUACAAUUUGGAAUGCAGUCCGUUUGGUACUUCCCCACUUCCUGUCAGAAUCUCUUAGGAAGAAAUGAUUAGAGCAGAAAGUGAGUUCCUUUGCCUAACCUGUUCCACAGCCCGCCAAGUGCACUUUCAUGAAAGUGAAGUAUGGAGAGUACCUUCAUAGCCUGUGUCCUCAGGUUGUAAGUCUGUCCCAUCUGGAGAGUGUUUAAAUCCUAGCCUGCCAGCACGCUUGUUUCAUCAUUAGUGUGCAAUGUUUGUUUUCACUUGUUAAAAGGACCUUCUGGUCUGACCACAUAAAAUGAGAGCCAAAUGAGUUCUCUUCAGGCAAUUCCUCAAACUUUCAUUGUGGUCCCAUCAGCCCUGUCUGAGAAAGAGGAGUGGUUUGUAAAAACAGGACUGGUACCAUUUUGUUAUGUCAUUUGGAGAGUUGCCUGCUUGUAUUGACAUAAACACUGGGAUCAGUGGCUGAGUUAAGGAUUUUUCUUUUUUUUUAAUAGUUUACAUGAAAAGAGUAAAAAUAAUUGUAAUGGCUAGAACAGAACUGCCAGAAGAGAAAAAUGAGGAAAGGUCCCAUCAACAUAGGGUACUACCAGGACUCUUAGGUUUCAGGAGUUACAGAAUGUUCUUUAUGAAUAAAAUGUAAUGACUAUUUAUGUUCGGUUCUUGUACUUUUAGCAGAUCUGGGGUUAGUUCAUAGUCAAAGUCAGUUAAAAUUUCUUACAGGAAAGCUUUGCUUUUUGUGGCAACAUUUUUAUAGCUUGUGUGAGUUCCUUUUUUAUUUAAUGAUUUGAGAACAGUAUUUUUGCACAGUUGUGACCAUGUGUGGUGACAUCCCUGUAACCAAGGUGUGUGCAUUUGUUUCUUCUGAUAAUGUGCAUUUAAAAUGUCCAAAUGCAAAUCAUCAUGGCUUCCUUCAGAGGACCUGGCAGCACAGCAUGCCGCCUGCGUCCCACCUGCCUGCAGUGUGAGCUGUGGCCAAGGGCAGGCUUCCGCCUGCCAAGUGCUGUGUCGGGCUCUGCGGGGUGUCCUCCCCUGUGCUCUCGGUGGAGGAUUAUGUUAUGAAAACUAACCACGUGAUGAUCACUCUCCCUUAGCAGAAAGAGUAUGUUUUAUGUCACCCUGUACAGAAAAUAAAGUGGAAAUUAUGAAUCCUA